AAUUUGAAGUGUUUGCCAUUCUACGGUCGCUGGGUUGUGGAUAAAGUACUGUACACCGAAACGCUAAAUGUAUUGCUCACCCGUUGUAAAAACAUCGAAGUAGCAGCGGUGGGCUCAUGCUUGCAGACAGCCGGCGGGAGAGUACUGAAAAGGAAAAACUAAAAAGUAAAGUACAAGAAAUCCUUGACAGUGAGAAGGGAUACGUCAGGAGCAGAAAUGAAGAUUGCAUUCCCGACCAGCAAUUGAAUUGAGUUGGGAGGAGUGCUAGGCUGUCUAUCUUUCUGGAGUGUUAUGCAGCCUCUUGUGUAACCCCGAGGUACAUUGACACUGGAGCUCUACACGAUGUCCUUACGUCUUGGUCUAACCCGGGCAUCGCGAGGAAUAUAUGUGCCCCUAUUAACACAGAGAGGAGCCCCUGCCAGCGUGGUGGGGCUGAAGAGAGCACAGCCAGCCUCCUCCACCACCUGCCCCGAAUACUAUGACGUGGUGAUCUCCGGCGGUGGCCUGGUGGGUUUCGCCAUGGCCUGUUCACUCGGACACAGCAAAAGAUUGAGUGACCGAAGAAUAGUGUUGCUGGAGGGAGCUCUGAAUAAACCAUGGCAACUACCUGAAGCAUUUAGUAAUCGGGUAUGUGCCCUCAAUGCUCGUACCCGCACCUUCUUCAAAAAGCUUGGGGUGUGGGAGCAUAUUGAGCACCUGAGGGCCCAACCUGUGCACAGGAUGCAGGUGUGGGAGUCAUGUUCAGAAGCCAUGAUCACCUUUGAUGGCCACAAUCAGGAGGACGGUACAGUAGCUCACAUUGUAGAAAAUGAUGUCACUCUCCACUCCAUUAAGAGGCAAAUUCCACAACAUAUUGAGGUUGAGUAUGAAGCAAAAGUGGAGAGCUACCAAAUUCCUAAGGACAUGGCUUCUAAAGUAGUACUAACCUUGGCUGACGGCAGGACCAUCUCCACAGACUUACUAAUUGGAGCAGAUGGAGCCAAGUCUUUGGUGCGAAGGAACAUGGGUGUGCAGUACUUGAGCUGGGAUUAUGAUCAGAUGGGAAUUGUGGCAACUUUGCAACUGUCAGAAGCUGUUGACAACACUGUGGCUUGGCAAAGGUUUCUUCCAACUGGUCCUGUUGCUCUACUGCCGUUGUCUGAUGACCACAGCUCCUUGGUGUGGUCCACUACACGAGAACAGGCCACUCACCUGCUGCAACUCUCUGACGAGGACUUCACAGAAGCUCUCAAUCGAGCAAUAUGGGAUGACAGUGAAGUGGACUCAAGAGUGAAGUCCAUACAUACAGCGUGGCUAAAGGUGUUGGAGACCAUGGUACCUGGUGAGAGUGCUGAAACAAGGCAGCUGCCCCCCAGCAUUGCACGGGUGUUGCCAGGCACUCGGGGAGGCUUCCCACUGGGGCUAGGCCAUGCAGUGCACUACAUCACCCCUAGAGUGGCACUUAUCGGGGACGCAGCCCACCGAGUGCACCCCCUGGCUGGCCAAGGGGUCAAUCUAGGCUUUGGUGACGUGGCUACUCUCACCCAUUGCUUGGAAAACUCUGUUCUUCUUGGUGCUGAACUAGGAGAUGAGCAAGCAUUAUACCAAUAUGAGAAAGAGCGGCAGAAAUACAAUGUGGCAACAAUGGCAUCUGUUGAUGGCUUGUAUCGACUGUACAAUUCUGCAGCUCUGCCUCUCGUCCUUCUCAGGUCACUUGGUCUCUCUGCUGUAAAUGCCAUGGCUCCUUUGAAGAGACAAAUCAUGGUACAUGCAGAGAGUUAGAGCUUAUGUAUUCUUCAUGUAAAGUAUUGUGAAAUCAACCCAUACAGUGUUCAGUGCAUACAAUGUACAGUACCUCUUCAGGAAGUGUAUUGUACUUUUUGAGCAAUUUUACAGCCUUCGGUUUUGUUAGUAUAUACAAGAUUCAUCAAUAACAGCAACAAAAAAUAUUUUGACAUGUUAGGAGUCAAUGUUUUCAUAUUUGUCAGCUUAUAAGAUGCAUAGGCUUAAAAAAUGCACCUAAAUGUGGGCAAGCAGUGAAAAAAUUAAAAAGAUAAGUAAGUUUAAGCUCAAUAUCUAAAGUGAAGUAUUUCGCCUGAUAUGUGAAGCCAUUUCAUAUGUAUUCAGAUCCACAUUAGAUCCCAGUUAUUUUAAUUUAAGAACCUUAAUAUUUGCUAGAACCUAUCAACACUAGUCCUUAUACGAAUUCUGCUUUGAGAUGUAAAGAAAUAUGGCAUUUGUAGUGACAUUGUCAAAGCCAAGAGGGGAUAAUAAAAUUUACACAUUG